UACAAGGAGAUGAAGAGGAAGGGAAUAAAGUUGGAUACAGUUGCUUAUAAUAUUGUAAUUCGUGCUAUUAGUCUCUCAGAGGGUGUGGAUUUUGGAAUUGGAGUGUUUCAUGAGAUGAGGGAGUUGGGUUUUGAGCCAAGUGUAGCAACUUAUAAUGCGAUACUGAAACUUUUGUGUGAGUGUGGGAGAGUUAGGGACGCAUACUCAUUGUUUGAUCAAAUGCUUAAGAAGGGUUAUGAGCCAAAUGUGUUAACAUAUCAUUGUUUCUUUGCUUGUCUUGAGAAGCCUAGAGAGAUUCUUAUGCUCUUUGAUAGGAUGAUUGAGUAUGGGUUUCAACCAAUUAUGGACACUUAUGUGAUGCUUAUGCGGAAAUUUUGCAGAUGGGGAUUUCUUCGACCAGUUUUAAUGGUUUGGAAGAAGAUGGAAGAAUUAGGGGAUAGUCCCAAUGAGUUCGCUUACAAUGCUUUGAUUGAUGCUUUAAUUGAUAAAGGCAUGUUAGAUAUGGCCAGGAAGUACGAUGAAGAAAUGUUAGCCAAAGGGCUUUCCCCUAAGCCUAGGGAAGAGUUGGGUAUGAAGCUGGUACAAGGAGAACCGGUGGGUGGCUAGUCUUAAUUCUGACAACUUAUACUGGCCAUGGGGCAAUUUCUUCUCAGUUCCAUUCUGAUAUUAAUAGUAGCCCACAUGGAUCCCAAACAAGAUUAAAUUUUUUACUCUCCUCUGUAAGAUGAAGGUUUAUACAUCUCAGGUACUUGCCAUUCCCUCAGUCUCUCCUCCACGCAUAUGUUCUGCUGAUGCUUUGAAUUUUGUUAAGUAUUCCACUGCUAAUGAUGAGCAAAAACAAUGUGGAGGCAGUACUUUAAUUAGUCAAAAGGCUUCAAAACUCUGUCCAUUUGACAUAAAAUGGUGCUUAGGAGCAAACAGAUCAAUACAUGGAUAAAAGCAUGACUGCUUC